AUUCUCUGAUGUCAGUAAUGAUUACUUUACACUUCUCCUUUUCAAAGAUAAAGCAAGCUUGUGACGAUGAAAUGUUGAGGGAGAUACUUGUCAGCGAUGAUAUGAUUGAAAUGCUAUCAGAGGCUGGAUACACUGGUGUACCACAUAAAGAGACAGUGCAUACUGUUUCCAAAAUUGCUCAGUCAAUUUGCGUAAUGGGCCACUUUUCAUCAGUUCUUCCUCAAAUUAUGCAAUUGGUUGAAGGCCUCAGCAGUUGUGGUCUUAUAAAUUAUAUGAUAGAAAAUCCAGAGUUGUGGAAGCCAUUGUUCGAUCCUUAUAACGAUUCGUUUAAACUUUCUGCUGAUACUUUCCUCAAUGAAAUUAUUCCAACAUUCAGCAGUUCGCAGAUUCACAAGGAAAAGGAGAUUGACGUGUACAAGAUAUUUUGCGACUAUGUGCAAACCCUAGAUACUGAAGGAGACGUAUCCAUAUCAGCGUUUCUGAAGUGGUUAUCGGGAUGUAAGACUAUUCCAGUUCUGGGUUUUCCAAAAAAAUUUUCCGUAACGUUUGUACAUGAUUGCAAAGAAAAUUGUAAAUGUCGCCCCACAACAUCAACAUGCGAUCUUCUGCUGAGAAUUCCAGUUCAUAUAAGUAACAUUAGUGAGAUGGAGGAAAUGAUGACAUCAGCACUUAAUGACUGCGCUGGUUUUGGAUGUAUCUGAAUCAAUGUCCAUACAAUGGUAGCUUGGGAACAUUUUUAUAUUUAUGUUGUCAUUGAAAUAUUUUUGUUUGUUCCGUUCUAAUUUGCCAGUUUGAAAGAACGUUUCAAGGGACAAGUCUUUAUUGAAAUUUGACUUUUGGUGCAGAAUUUAUAUCAAUAAGAAAGAUGCCUGAUUUUGCUUGCAUCGGUACGCUGCGCAA